UCCCCAAGAGACACGCGUGGGCCGCUCCCCUCUGGGAGGAGGGCCGCAAAGGAGAGGUGCGGGUGUCUCUAGCGGCCCCUCCCGGUGCGGAGCCACGUGGUGGGCGCGGGCCGAGCCCUCCGGGAAGAACCUGACCCGUGGGGAGGUGUUGGGGGGGUGGCUCUCGAAGUGCUGUGGGGAAGAGCUCAGAUCUACCAGGUUCAGAGCAGAGAGGCAGCGGCGGCGAGAGGAGGGGAGGAGGCAGGCCGGCGCAUGGGGCGCCCCGGCCCUGCCGGUAGCGCGCCCCCUCCGGCCAGGCCGCGCUGAACGCAGCCCGCGCAACGCCUCGAAUCCGUACCCGGGGCCAUGCCGGUCAUGAAGGGGUUGCUGGCCCCUCAAAACACCUUUUUGGACACCAUAGCCACCCGCUUUGACGGCACGCACAGCAACUUCCUUCUGGCCAAUGCACAGGGCCCACGUGGCUUUCCCAUCGUCUACUGCUCUGACGGCUUCUGUGAGCUCACAGGCUACGGCCGCACUGAAGUCAUGCAGAAAACCUGUAGCUGUCGGUUCCUUUAUGGCCCAGAGACCAGUGAGCCCGCCCUGCAACGGCUGCAAAAAGCCCUGGAGGGCCACCAGGAGCACCGAGCUGAAAUCUGCUUUUACCGAAAGGAUGGCUCAGCCUUUUGGUGUCUCCUGGACAUGAUGCCCAUCAAGAACGAGAUGGGGGAGGUUGUGCUUUUCCUAUUUUCUUUCAAGGACAUCACUCAAAGCGGAGGCCCAGGACUUGGCUCACCGGGACUCCAUGGGGACAAUAAUCAUGAAAACUCCCUUGGGAGGAAAGGAACUAGCUCAAAACUUCGGUCCACCAGGAGGCAGAACCGGACUGUCCUACACCGGUUGACUGGCCAUUUUGGUCGCCGGGGCCAGGGAAGCGUGAAGGCAAAUAAUAACGUGUUUGAGCCCAAGCCAUCAGUGCCUGAGUACAAGGUGGCCUCCGUAGGGGGCUCCCGCUGCCUCCUCCUCCACUACAGCAUCCCCAAGGCUGUCUGGGAUGGCCUCAUCCUCCUUGCCACAUUCUACGUUGCGGUCACAGUCCCCUACAACGUCUGCUUCUCCGGUGAUGAGGACACCCCCAUCACUUCCCGACACACCCUUGUCAGCGACAUCGCCGUGGAGAUGCUCUUCAUCCUGGAUAUCAUCUUGAACUUCCGCACCACCUAUGUGUCCCAAUCGGGUCAGGUGAUCUCUGCUCCUCGUUCCAUUGGCCUCCACUACCUGGCCACCUGGUUCUUCGUGGACCUUAUUGCUGCUUUGCCCUUUGACCUGCUGUAUGUCUUCAACAUCACCGUGACCUCACUGGUACACCUGCUGAAAACAGUACGGCUCCUGCGGUUGCUGCGGCUGCUGCAGAAGCUGGAGCGGUACUCGCAGUGCAGCGCAGUGGUGCUCACGCUGCUCAUGUCCGUCUUUGCUCUCCUUGCCCAUUGGAUGGCCUGCGUCUGGUAUGUCAUCGGGCGCCGGGAGAUGGAGGCCAAUGACCCGCUGCUCUGGGACAUUGGCUGGUUGCAUGAGUUGGGCAAGCGGCUGGAGGAGCCCUAUGUCAAUGGCUCAGCAGGCGGACCGUCUCGACGCAGCGCCUACAUUGCCGCGCUGUACUUCACGCUGAGCAGCCUCACCAGUGUGGGCUUCGGCAACGUGUGUGCCAACACCGAUGCUGAGAAGAUCUUCUCCAUCUGCACGAUGCUCAUAGGCGCACUGAUGCACGCAGUGGUGUUCGGGAAUGUCACAGCCAUCAUCCAGCGCAUGUACUCCCGACGCUCGCUCUACCACAGCCGCAUGAAGGACCUCAAGGACUUCAUCCGAGUGCAUCGCCUGCCCCGCCCACUCAAGCAGCGCAUGCUGGAGUACUUCCAGACUACAUGGGCUGUUAACAGCGGCAUCGAUGCCAAUGAGUUACUGCGUGACUUCCCAGACGAGCUUCGAGCUGACAUUGCUAUGCACCUGAAUCGGGAGAUCCUGCAGCUGCCGUUGUUUGGAGCAGCUAGCAGGGGCUGCCUUCGGGCCCUCUCCCUGCACAUCAAGACCUCAUUCUGUGCUCCUGGGGAGUACCUGUUACGCCGUGGGGAUGCCCUCCAGGCUCACUACUAUGUCUGCUCUGGCUCGCUUGAGGUGCUCCGAGACAACAUGGUGCUGGCCAUCCUUGGGAAGGGGGACUUGAUUGGGGCAGACAUCCCUGAGUUGGGGCAGGAGCCUUGGUCAGGGGCAGGCUGCGUGCUGAAGACCAGCGCGGAUGUGAAAGCACUGACUUACUGUGACCUGCAGCAGCUGAGCAGCCGAGGGCUGGCUGAGGUCCUGCAGCUGUAUCCAGAGUAUGGUGCUGCCUUUCGGGCUGGCCUACCCCGGGACCUAACCUUCAACCUGCGCCAAGGCUCUGAAAACAGUGGCCUCAGCCGCUUCUCACGCUCUCCUCGCCUCUCCCAGCCACGCUCCGACACUCUUGGUUCUUCCUCAGACAAGACUCUGCCAUCCAUCACAGAAACCGAGGGUGGCAUGGAGCCUGGGGCUGGUCCCAAGCCCCGUCGGCCCCUCCUGCUGCCCAACCUCAGUCCAGCACGACCUCGGGGGUCCCUGGUCAGCCUUUUGGGCGAGGAGCUGCCCCCAUUCUCAGCCCUUGUCUCCUCUCCUUCCCUGUCCCCAUCUCCUUCCCCUGCCCUGGCUGGCCGGGGCCAGAGUCCCUCCCUGCACAGCCCCCCCAGGGGCUCUGCUGCCUGGAAGCCCCCCCAGCUCCUCAUUCCCCCACUGGGAACAUUUGGACCUCCGGACCUCAGUCCCCGGAUAGUGGAUGGCAUUGAAGACUCCAGUAACACAGCUGAGGCCUCUACAUUCCGAUUCAGCAGGAGGCCAGAGUCUACCAGAACUCGCUCACAGGCUCCCCCUUCAGGCUCCAGGCCCGGCGGGGAACUGGCUGCAGAGGCAGCAGAAGAGGUGAAGGAAAAGGUGUGCAGGCUGAACCAGGAGAUCUCCCGCCUCAAUCAGGAAGUGUCUCAGCUGAGCCGGGAGCUGCGGCAAGUGAUGGGCCUCCUACAGGCCAGGCUGGGUCCCCCAAGCCACUCAUCUGACUCAGCUAGGGCCCCAGACCUUCCUUGUCCCUACCAGAGGCCACCAUGCAUCUCUCCUCAUGUGUCUGGACCCCCACCGGGUCUCCAGGAUACUACACUGGCUGUGGUUCACUCUCCAGCCAGUGUGGGGACAGUGGAGAUAGGGGCCGCCCCCUCAGAGCUGAGACCUUCCACGGUGGCACCCUACCCCUCAGAACCUGAUCCUCUCGGACCCUCUCCAGUGCCAGAGGCUUCUCCCCUGACCCCAAGCCCCAUGAGACACAGCUUCCAGUCUGGGUCAGACACGUUCCACUGACCCUGGCCAUAGGCCCAGGCCUGUCUGGGGGUGGGUAUCACCAACCUGCCAUCCAGGGAGGAGCUGGGCUCUUUGGCCUCUUGCCUUGGGGUCAGCAGCCAUCAGCUGGUCUGGGUGGCUCUGGAUUCUCUGGACUUUUUAACAAAGAGUGGCCACGUCUAACCCUGUUCCAUUUUCUAAACCACCCCCCAUCCUCCUCUUCUGUGAGGGGAGCCACCACCUGAGGCCAUGGGAUCCAGCAGGCAUGAAAUGGACCGUGGUGCCCUGCUGGGCUGGGCAGAUGAGAUGUCCUACUUUCUUCCCAAGACUUGGAGGCAGGCUGUCAUGCAAGGUGGUCUCUUCUACUGUCAGCAGCUCAAAGCUUCUCUGGCAUCACCCUUUUGCCAUCCCCACCUCCAAACCCCAGCCAAAUCUGGCUCCUCUCCCUUCCAACAUGGUCUCAACUGAGGGUCUGGGUAGCUCAGACCCUGCCCUGGCUUCCAGCUUUCCUUUCCCACUCAACACCCCAGGCUCGCUUUUGGAUAGGAAAUAAAUUUUUAUUUUUGUA